AUGAGAACAUUUACAUUACAACAAAUUAGAGCAGCCUCGGAUGAAUUCAGUCCUGCUAAUAAGGUUGGGGAAGGUGGUUUUGGUCCUGUCUACAAGGGUCAAUUAUCUGAUGGCACAUGGGUAGCAGUCAAACAGCUCUCCUCGAAGUCUCGGCAGGGAAACAGUGAAUUUUUAAAGGAGAUGGGCAUGAUAUUUUGUUUACAGCAUCCUAAUCUAGUGAAACUUCAUGGAUGUUGCAUUGAAGGGGAUCAACUAAUAUUGGUGUAUGAGUACAUGGAGAAUAAUAGCUUGGUCCAUGCUUUAUUCAGUUUAGAAAACCGGCUUAAACUUGAUUGGCCAUCAAGGCUUAUGAUCUGCAUUGGUGUUGGAGCGAUUGUAGAUUUAGCUUCAGUUCCAACACUUCAUUCGCAUGCUAUGGUAUAUGCCAUUGUUGAGUUUUUUAAACUUGCAACAUGCUUACAUGCAUGCUCAUCCAUCAUCGAAAUAUUCGAACUGUCGGUCUCGGAUCAAUAUUGGACAGAAGUUUUUGCCCAGGCUUUAUAA